AUGGUUCGAGGCUCUCCCUUCUGGCCGACUAUGGGCCAAGACGAGCUGCGCCAUUUGAUGCUGUCCAUGGAGGCUGACAACGACAACCUUCCGAUGUCUACCACCCGAAGUGGGUACAUGCCACCCGGUUACUUUCGCAAGCGUGCGCUCCAGUUGCGCAAGCGCAACGUGCUGCCUGAUGACGUUGCCGAGCGCUACCUCGAGUUGGAGCGCAAGGCGUCCCAGACGCUUUCGGGCCUCAUGUCCGCGCGCCAUUCCCCUUGCGCUCACACCGCCUUCCUCCCCUCACCCACACAGGUAGAAGAGGAUGAGGUGGCAAACGUGCUUAGCUUUAACGCGACCGUCCACCAGCCCGCUUCUUCGCCGGCCUGCGAGAUGGCAGACGAGGAAGUGAUUCUCGUUCCGCGGCCGGGGAACGGACUGGAAUACAUCCAGACCUACAUCGAUACCCGCUACCAGAUGCUCUCGUCGCUUCCAUCGCCAGCCGCUUCGACCGUCUCGCGCGACAUCACGUCUCCUGCGCCCAUCAGCCAGGCCAAUUCUCCUCUUAAUGACAUCCAAUUCACACUCGCCGACUACAUUGUGGACGACUACUACGGCAACGGUUGCGACGACAUCGAGGUCGACACGCACCCCAGCUCUCCGCACUCCGUGUACAGCACUCCUUCGACUGCGAUCCCCUCGCCUUACAACAAGCUGAACCGCAGUGGCGCCUUCCCCCUUCCCCGCCGCCACGACAGCGCUGUCGCGAGAUUGCCCAAUCCCCAGUCUCGUGUCGUCACUCAUGCGUCCAAGCCCAUGACUUGGGUGAACGGGGUUCCUCUUGUGGGGACGACGCCGCCACCGCCGUCUCGCUCGACAAUGGUCCAUGGACGUUCGUUGGCGAAUGCGCCGCCACCGACCCAGUCUCGUUGGUCCAAGGCACCUCAAGACCUUCCCAAGGACUACUUUGGCGGUCCCGGUUUCGCCCCUGUGCGCCCAUCCACCUUUGGCUUCAACCGCAAACAGACGAUGACGCCCCACCCUGCGGCACCUGCGGCACUUGCGCCUCUGCCCCUGCCGCAACACCACCAUCCGCAGCCGCAGCCCACAAGUUACUGGGAGGCGCCGAUCGACAGCAACCCCAGUGACCUGCACUUCGGAUACCCUGUAGCGCGGUUGGCGACUCCGCCACCUCUGGCAUGUCAUUCCGAAGGGCACCACCGCGUGGCUCAUCUCGACGAGCAGGUCGAGUGGGCGCUCGCCUACUGGUUCACCGGUCUGAUCGUUAACCGGCUUGCGUACCCGAACGCCUCAACCGUCAACCGUUCUCGACCCCAGAUGACCAUGGGUCACUUCGAUCCCUACCAUGUGGUGUCUUCGGGCCAUUCGUACUCGGACGGACACAUUGUUGUGGCGACCGAACUGGUUCACCACAUGUUCAACGUCAUCAAUCGGAUCAAGACUGCCGAGACGUUCGUCGCCGCGGUUUACUUCCUACACCGUCUCGCUCUUCACGAUGUGGACGGCCUCCAUGGUUCCGAGUUCCGGGCGCACCUCGUUCCGCGCCAUCCAGGUGACGUCCCUUUUGCUUUGGAACGCCGCGUUGCAGCCAUCGUCAUCAGCCUCGCGCACAAUACCCUCGAGGAUCGCGACUUCCACCUGCCUAACAACAUGAUGUGGGAGAUUGGGCACAUGGAACGGACUCGCUUCAACCUCCUGAAGAAACACGCGCUCCAGGACAUGACAUGGGACGUCAACAUCACCUCAGAGGCCUGGCGCCAGCACAUCGCGAAUGUCGGCUUGGCCCUCUACCCUGCCGACCCCUGCUGCUCCACUGCAACCGUCACGCUUCUGCUUGAGCAUCGCGAGAUACUGUCGGGCCUCUUUUCGUUCAUGUGGAACGCGGCCAACGCGCUUUGUUACGGACCGGAGAGCCUCUACUGUAGCCCUGCUACAGUGGCCCCGCCUCUCAUGAGCCGCGACUGCUCGACCCAGGGUCCCAACUACGGCCAUUGCCACAGCCACGGACAGUCUCCAGACCCCAAAGCGCGUGCCUUUGCGUACGACAAGCACGCGGACCCGUACUCCCGGGCGUACCCUGAGUCUGAUGCUCGCUGGCACAGCUCGCCGUUCGACUACACCGCCGCCUCGGCAUACGAAGCGCACGGCUUGGCUAAUCGCGCGCAGCAGCACUCGCUGCCGAGCCAGCCAGCGUGUGGCAGCUCAUCCGUUCGCCACUCGCGUGACUUUGAGCACGUGCUCUCUCAACCGCACGAAACGUACAGCCCGAUUCCGCCCUCCCACGCCCUCCCAGCUGCUGCAGACACGAGCCCGCCUCUCGAGGAGGUAUACUUGUCGCGCACAGCUAGCCAGGAGGCUCGGGCGCGCAGGGCCCGUGACGCAUACAUGCUCGAGCAGAAGGCCCGCGCCCGUCGUACGGCCGAGGCGCGGGAACUGGAGGAGCAGGCACAGCGUCAGCACACCUUCGUGUUUGACAACGAGAUCGAGGCUCCGCACGUCGUACUUGCGGCAGUGGGUGACGUGUCCCUGGAGCAAUGUGCCGCCCCCGCCCGUUCGCACAGACGCGAGGUCACGAAGCAAAUGCGCACGAAGGAGCUGCGCGCCAAGCGUGCGCGUGCGCUCUAUCUGCAGCGCACGUAUGGCCCAAAGUCUAGAAACAUGAUUCUGGCUUAG